AUGAGCAAGCGGCCUAGCGAGAGCGGGCACGGAUCCCCGAAAAGCAAAAAGAUCCAACGUGUUGCGUUCUCGGACAUUAAGGACUGGGACAAGUUCAAAAAGAUUAUGGACGUCUCCAACAACUUUCCCGAAACCUAUUUAGACAUGUUCGGCGAAAACUCUGUCUUCACCCGCCGAGAUUCACAAGAACUUGAUGUCGCUGUCCAGACGUUUAUUGUGGAGUUCCUCAGCAAGCCAGUCGCUUUGUUCAAGGAGAUCGUACUCCGUCCAGACGAUCGGGAGAAGCCUCGCUACCUUCUCCUCUAA